GACAGAUAUUCUUAGUAUUCAAGCUUGGCUAACACCAUCAAUCCAUCUCCAAGCUACUGACUCAGUGAAACGCGCCUUGUUUGUACAUAUAUCGGUGUGGUUAGAAAUUGUCGAGUGUUUUCCUACAGUUUUUCAUAUUGAUAGUAUCAGAAGUUUUCAAAGCAAAAGAAGAAAUCUGAGUUUCAUUCGUUGUGUCUUGGUAAUUAAUAGUUCAGACGGCUCAAGCCAUUCAUCUUAAAGCCCAGGAUAUGUUAUUAUAAGUUUGUUUACCAAAAUUUUAGUUUCCAUACCCAUAAGAUUGAAUUAAUAAACUGAUAAUGUCCUCUUCUGGCUCAAGAGGUCCUCCUAUAAGUAGGUACUCCGAAAGGAAAGACUACGAAUACUCUGAUAAACCAAGACGGAAAAAUUUCUAUCCGUCGUCAUCAAGACGUGACUAUACAAAGCCAGACCCAAAUAACCCUCCAGUCAAAUCUAUAUCAAAAGCAAACGAUACUCCUUUAGGAAGCGGCUCUUCCAAUGAUUCUCACUAUUCCACUUCUCGCUCAAGGUACUCCUCAGGCCAUGUAGGUGCAGCUUCGGGUCCUGGAUCCUCAUCUCUUUCAGCCUCAGGUCCUGGCUCGGGUUCCGGCUCAAACACCUCUUAUAACUCUUAUGGAGGGUCUAAUGGUAAGUCCCAGUAUUCUUAUAGUGAUUCCUUUUCCAGAAAGAGUAAACCUUAUUCCUCCAAUUUAAACUCAAAUACUAAACCUUCUUCAAAUUCUUAUAAUCCAAAUAUACCGAGUGGUGGAUCUAAUUUUAAAUAUGAUUUUUAUUCUCCGUUUGAUUCCAAUGGUUCUUCAAACCCAAAUAGUCUUUCAGGCUCAGGUGGUCCAAGUAAAUGGAAAAGCUCAUAUGGAUCCUCAAGACCCCCCUUGUCAGCUGCCAAUCGUACCUCACUUUCUGGUUCGGUUGGUUCAAGGGCCUACUCGGCGAAAGACCGUGCUAGAGGUUCAUCACUACUAAAGAGUGUCAAUAAUAGUAAAAGAGGGGGUGGUGAUACUUAUUAUCCUUCGAGAAAUUCGUACUCAAGUCUACGUAAUAGCGGUCCAGCUACAGGUGCAAAUACAGCCGCGGGAAUGAAAUCUGUUGAUAGAUAUUCAAGUAAAAACAGAUUCAAUAAUAAUCGUAAUUUCCCAAUAGAUGAUCAUUCAUCCCAUCAAAGAAGCUCAUUUUAUCCAAGUCGUAAUAAUCUAAUCAAUUCUCCAUCUUCAAAACCAAGAAGGCUGUAUGAAUCAUACCAUUCCAAUCAAAAAUAUAAAAGCCCUCCGGAUUCUUCUUCGUCUUCAGCUUUUAGAUAUUCGACCAGAAACAAUUCUUUAACUGAUUUAAAGAAUUCAGAUGAUGAGUCAAAGGGCACGGCAGAUAUAAGUCGUGAUAGUGACAUUGAUAAUGAUGAUGACAAUGACCAUGAAAAUGAUCAUAGACGAGACCAUCAAAGCGAAAAUGAACAUGACCAUGAACGUGAACAUGACCAUGAACGUGAACAUGAACAUGAGCGUGAACAGGAACAUGAGCAUGAACAUGAGCAUGAACAUGAGCAUCUGAAUAUUCAUGACGAUGAUAACGAUGAUGAUAACGAUGAAGACAAUGACAUAGAAAACGAAGAUGAUGAUAUAAACGACGAUGAAGAAGACGAUGACGAGAGAAUACUAGACCCUCUUAAAGAAAGCCCAGAAGCUAAAAGACCUUCGAUCAACGAUCCGGUGGAACAAACUAGGUUCGAUGAAAAAAUUCUUGAAGAAGACGUGAAACCAUCUCCAAAUAUUCCAGUCGAAUCGAAAGUGGAAGAAAUGGAAAAUCAGCAAGUUGACGAACCUGAUUAUUGCAAAUUUCCAUUAGGCAAAAUUGAAACCCAAUUUAAUGAACUAAAGGAUGAAUUUGAACUGCUCAUUAAGAAUGAAGGAAGAGUUAAUAAUCACACAAAAUAUUCUUUGUUAAAACCUAUUGAAGAUUUAUACGAUUAUCCAUUCUUUUCCAAAAAUUUUAAUCACUUUUUCAAAAAUAAAGAUAAGAUUAUUGCAAGCUUCAUUACUUUUAAUAAGACACAACAAAGAAAAAAACUCACUUUAUGGAACACCUAUCAAAAAGAUUUGGACGAAUGGGAAAUAACUAGAGAGAAGAUCGAUCAACAACUCAAGAUUAUUCAUCCCCCAGACGACGACUCCAAGAAAGAAUUAGAAGCUAUAAAUAUCAGGCUCAAAAAUCAAGAUCAAAUCUCUGAAGCUCCAACUCCCGAUCAGGGUCAUGGUGCUGCUUCUGGUGGACGCAGGAGCCGUAGACAUGGUGAUUUAGUCACCACUGAGGCCGAAUUUGAAGAGAUUUUGAAAACUUUGGGAAAGCAAGACCAAGAAGAUCCGUUAGUAAAAGCUAACAGCGUUGCAGCUAGAAUUCCCGAUUUGAUAAUUGACCCAGUUCAAAGAGAUUUGUUCAAAUUUAUGGACUCUAACAAUAUAGUUAAAGAUCGCCCUAAAUGGAGUGAACGUGUGAAAACUGACUUUCAAAAUAAUUUCUCCGAAAGAGAGCAACAGCUAUUCGAAGAAGGCUUUUGUCGUUAUCCUAAAAGAUUUGGAGCAAUUUCGAGAUAUAUGGGUGGCUUAAGAACAAUUGAAGAAUGUGUUGUUCAUUACUAUAUAACCAAAAAGGAGGUUAAUUACAAGUAUUUGGUUGCUCAGUUCAAGAAAAAGUCUACAAAGAAGACAGGUCGUCGUGGUAAGACUUCUAGAUCUAAAAAUACAUCUACUAAUAAUACUCCAGUAUCGACACCUACUACCGAAGCAAAUAAGCAACUUGAAAAAGAUACAAUUAAGCCAGUGGUCUAUGAUGAACAUGUUGAUCAAGCAAUAAACACACCCGAUGGUAACGUCAAAGUAAAUGAGGAAUCGACUGCUCUCAAACCUCCUGCUAAUAUCAAGGGAGAGCUCGAUCUUGAUAAUGAAGCUGUUUAUUCUCAAACAGGCAGAAGAAAGCGGAGUGCAGCACCAUCCUUCGAUGAACAAGCUAAGAAAGAAAAAGCUAGAGAAAAGCAGAAGGAAGCUUCAAAUGCUCCGGAUGCCCAAGCCUCUAAACGUAAAAGAAGAAAGAAGGAGGAAAUAAUCACUGAAAAACAAGAACAGGAGUACAAUCAAGAUAAUAACACUUCAGUUGAACAAAACAUCAUUCCUCAAAAUAAUCAAAAUCCACAAACAAUUUUCCAAGCAGUUCCAGAUCAACUUCCCGAUACCACAAUCAAUGUUCAACAUGAAGAUGAUAAUGGUAAACGAAAGACAAUAUCUAGUUAUUGGAGUAUUACCGAAGCUAAUCAAUUUCCAUCAUUAUUGAUGGAAUUCGGCACCAAAUGGACCAACAUUGCCGAUAAGCUUGCCAGUAAAACUGCUACAAUGGUGAGAAACUACUAUCAAAGAAAUGCUGAAAAAAAUGGGUGGACCUCAAUUGCCGAACAAGCGGAUGUUAGAUUGGCUGCUAAGUAUUAUGCAGUAGUCAAUAAUCCAUCGGGUCAAAUUGCACCAAAGAUGGAAGAAUCUGCACCUCUCGUGGGGUCUCAAAUGAUGAAAUCAUCGAAUUCAAGUCAAAAUUCAAUAAUCAAUUCCCAAUCCCAAUCUCAAUCUCAAAACGGUACUCCACCAAUUAGAAAGUCUUCUAUCUACAAUUCGCAAAUGGAUGCUACUAAGGAUUCAGUAACUGGGGCUUACCCAUAUCCAGCAACUAUUCCUCAACAACACCAACAAUUGUACCAUAGAGUCGAUUCCGUUCCCUAUGCGUCUAUGGGUACUUUCCAACAUUCAUCGAUUCCGUUACCUGGUAGAAGUAUGUUCAACCAAGGAAGUUCAGGUGUUGCAUUCCAUCCUCAACCAAAUGGAAAUGCUCCCUUAGGUCCUCCGUUUCCCAAGUCUGCUUCAAUGGCACCAUCCAUAAGUUCUUUAUUGGUAGACCAACCUGGUACCAUGCAACAUUCAACUCACCCUAUAAAUCCGCAACCAAUCACAAUUCCAGCACCAGUUCAAAAACAAGGAACUCAAUUGCCAAUGCUACACCCUAUCCCAAAUCCAAGUACCCAAGAACUGCGCAGGUUACCACCUCUCACCGGAAUCCAGGACACCAAUAGUGGGAAUUUAGGACACAAAUCUUCAAUCAUGAGCUUGCUCAACUCUGAUUCCAGUCCCGCAAAACCUCCCACUGAAUCAAAACCAGAAUCAUCAAAACCUGCUAAGGCAAGCUUAAAUUCUUUAUUGAAUGCUCCAACUUCUCCGGCCUCCCCCAAGCUACCUCCUGUGGCCAAAACCGUUCGGUCCAAUCCCAUAAGUGCGUUGCUUUCAUCAAACGACCAGCCCACAACUGAAAGCACCGACAGACCUUGAUACUGUCUUCCCACUUAUUACUUCUCUACCCGUAUCACCUGUUUAUAUCCUUUGAUUCUUCAAUUUGUAUUAUAAUACCAUAAUUCCUUAUAAAACCUGUACACCAGGUAUUACAUAAUCAAUUUUGGGAUUUCUGAGAAAAGUCGUGCG